GCUUUGCUUUUGGGCCAGCUGCAUAUAAACACAAGGGCCCCUUAUUGUAGACUUACAUCGCUCACAACCCUAACUCUCAGCCCUCAUAUCUUGUUCUUAACCAACCCCCAACUCGAUACAAUGGCUGGUCGCGGCAAGGGCAAGACCUCUGGCAAGAAGGCCGUGAGCCGCAGCGCCAAGGCUGGCCUGCAGUUCCCUGUGGGCCGCAUUGCGCGCUACCUGAAGAAGGGCAAGUACGCCGAGCGCAUCGGUGCCGGCGCGCCCGUGUACCUGGCCGCCGUGCUUGAGUACCUGACCGCUGAGGUGCUGGAGCUGGCCGGCAACGCCGCCCGCGACAACAAGAAGAACCGCAUCGUGCCCCGCCACAUCCAGCUGGCCAUCCGCAACGACGAGGAGCUGGGCAAGCUGCUGGGCGAGGUGACCAUCGCCUCGGGUGGCGUGCUGCCCAACAUCCACGCUGUGCUGCUGCCCAAGAAGAACAAGGGCGGCAAGGCCGAGGACGGCUCUGCCGCUGUGUAAGCGGGCUUACGCCUGGCUGUACACAUUUGUCUACAGCUCCGACACUGCUUCCCCAAACUCGGUGUUUAUCAACACCACCUUUCACUCGGGAUUCAGGGCGUGGAUUCGGGCACGGAGAUCGGGUGGGCCACAAGCCCACAACAGGUCGUGUCGAGUGGACACAAGCAAUGUGCAGCACGCACAGCAAGACUUGGCUAGCAGGAAACACGCCAGUACUUCCCGAGUCGUCGUACCGAGUGUGCCCGCGGCGUACACCUUUCCGGCUUUCCCAACCUGAUCCUGCCGCUGCCGUGGAGUACUGGCAGACACGUUUGGCGGUGGGUAGGAGAAGGCGCCUUCAGCCUACAUCCUGCGGGCGCCCUACCCUACCGAGUCGGUUGCCUGUUGUGAUGUUCGUAGUUGGAGCAGCGGGUCGUCCCGGCAACCCAUUACGAAGCGCCAGUAACCUAGUGACGCAGCUCAGACCGGCGGGCAGGCACCAGAUUUGCCCUGGCAGAACAUUGUCCGUGGUGAUGCCAGCAGAGGGGCGGACCGGCGGAGGGGUCGAUUGAAAGCGAAUAAGACUGAAACCAGGUACAGAGUACGGUAGCUGAGGCUGAAAGACAAGGCACAGGCAACCUGGAAGUUGAAGCGGGCAGGGCUGACAGCAGUUGUGACGGCCGGAGCGAACGUUAUUG